AUGGUCUUGCUUAGUGGAAAGUAUCUAGCAAGGAAUAAUUUCUUCAGGUUAUUCCAAGUGGUUAUUGAAUUGGAUGGGAGGGAGUCUAACCAUGAUCGUGUUGUGUCUCUAAGGGAAAAAGGGAAUAAACGUAAACAUGAUUUCUUUGAGAGUUUACGUGGUCAAGCAUCAGGGAGAAAAGAACUACUACUGAUGAUUUCUUUGAGGAAAACAAUAAACGUUGAUGAUCUUGUUUGGGCCAUGACUACACUUGGUUUUGAAGAAUAUACAGAACAUAUUAAGGUUUAUCUUAAUAAGUAUAUGGAAAUUGAAGGAGACAAGAAUUUUUCUAUGAAUAUGAUUGGUGGUAAAGAACAACAGGGUGGUAAUACUGAUCAUCGAUUCUUCCAAGGGUGA